AUAUCCUAAUGCCUGUGAACAAAAGAUUUCUAACAAAUAGAGCGUCAAACAGCUUGCAAGGUUUUCCUGAGGCAUUUUUUUCUAUUGUGAUAAAACUAAUCUAUUCUGUUUCUUUUUCAAGGACAACUGCAGCCCAGAGAUCUUUGUGGUUCUCAUUUCAUCCAGUACUCAUCAAAGUAAGCACUGAGACAGAAACAGUUGCUACCAUAUUGAGGACUCCCUAAGGGAUGGGGAAAUUGUAUGGAGUCAUCACAUUUAGUUAUCCAAGUGGAGUGCACCGAGUCAUCUCAAGAAUUACGAUGAGGCAAUGCUCCAUGGGGAUUCCAGUAGGAACUCAUUACAUCAUAACCAGCCAGUCCAGGGCCUGGGAGUUGGAGAGCUUCCUGCACCGAGGAUUGAGGUCAGUCCUAAGAUUCUGCCAGGAUUUAGACAGUCUCAGAUCUGGUGUCACAUGGCCCAAGGAAGCUGCGGAUGUCAAUCAUGGGAAAGAGCUGACAGCAGCGACAGGGAGAAUUUUCCUGCAUCUGCUUGAUAUGGACCAGAGAAAACUGAGUUUUGUAAUCCUGAGCAAUGCCAUCUCCUUGUUGGAAUAUCAACAGUUGGAAGGAAUUGUUGCUGCUCUUUUAAGCAAGCCCAUGCUAUUUGUCAGUUUCCCUUUCGAGAUGCCCUGGGGCAAGCCAGACCAGGUUGCAAGAAAGAAAAUGAAUUUUCAGCUCGAGAAGAAAAACAAUUGGGCUCUUCCGAGACCUGCUCAGCUACAUUAUGCUGAAGGACUCAUUUUGGCUAAAUCUGUGGAUCAAUCACUAAGAAAAAUCCCAAGUGCUCAUCUGCUUGAACCCAGUUCUCAAACCAAGAAGCAAAGGAUAUUCCGAAAGUCUCUCUUUUCCAAGAUAUCAUGGAAGCUCAGGCUCCGUAACCGGGAGCCUCUGAAGAAUGUGUUUUACCUUUUGGCAGAAAGAGCUCGGGAUUCCAAUACCAAAAGACGUCACAUGGCAAUUAAGGGCUUAGGAAAUAUGGCUUGUGAAGCACCUGACAAGGUGAAAAAGUAUAAGAAGAUUUUGCUAGCCUCUCUGGUCCAUGGAUUGUAUGACCCUGUGAGUUCUGAGAUCAUAUAUGAAAGUGUGAAGGCGCUUAUUAUUAUCCUGGGCAAGAUCAAAGGGAAAGGUUUGGGCUCCUUCUUCAUAGAUAUCACCCUUCAGACCAGGACUUUAUUGGAUGAUGAAAAUGACAGCCUGAGAUAUUCAGCAUUUAUCUUAUUUGGGCAACUGGCUGCCUUUGCUGGGUGGAAAUGGAAGAAAUUUUUCACCAGCCAGGUUAAGAGGACAAGGGACUCUCUCCUGAUCCAUUUAAGGGAUGGAAAUCCUCAUGUUGCCACGGCCUGCAGAACAGCUGUUCAUGCUUGUUCCCCUUUCCUAAGAUUAAAGAAGGAGUCCCUGGAAUAUACUAUCCUAGCCCAGGAGGAGCAAAGGAAUCCGAAACUCUAUCGACAGCUGAGCUACUACCAUCCAGAGCUCCUGCAGUUCUUCUAUGCAAACAAAAUCCUAUGAAUACAGAGCAUCAUAAAGGAAGGGUUUUAAUGAUCAGAUGUCCUGGAUUCUCAUCAUUUUAUUCAUCUGAAUUCAUAUCCCAUUUAUCACUACAUAGUGAGGUGAAAAAACAAACCCAAUGUUUGUUGAUUGAUAGCAAUUGGUGGUAAUUAUUUCUACAAAUUACAAUAUGUAAAAAUUGAAUAAUUAAAUCAAACUUGGUACCUCUGAAGACUUUCAAAAAGACCUUUAUAAUGCUGGAGUUGAAAGAGACUUUAGAAAUCAUCUAGACUAACUCAUCCAGUUUAUAUAAUAAAUCAUUUUGUCUUUAUACAUUUUUAUUGUAAAUGUUAUUUUUAGAGUGACAUGCAAAUAAAUAUCUAAAAUUUUUAAGCACUUAUAAAUUCUAUUCUUAUUCCUUUGUACUGUUUUAGUAUAUUUCCAUUUUCAUAAUUUACCUUUUAUUCUUUCUAAAUAGAUGCUUUCUUCACCUCAACAUAAGUGUAACUCUUACCAUAGCUUAUCCCUUUCAAACUCUCUAAGCUCAACUGUUUAAAAAUAAAUUUUGGUUGUAAAAUCUUAAUAAAACAUAAUAACUCUAUGCAUCACAUAUAGGACAAUUUAAAUGAUUUAAAAUUUUAGUUUCUAUGUAGAUGGAUUAAUGUCAUUUUAUUCAGUUCAAUGCAUUUUUAUUAAACCAUUUUCUAUGUGCAAGCUAAAGCGUAUGUAAAUAAAAAAAUGCAACAUCCUCCCUCAAGGAGCUUAUA